CAUGUCCGUGAAGCCUUUCUCCCAUUUCCCGCGGAGCAAACUUGGCGUUUCUUUCAUUUACGGAGCCAAUAGUGUCAAUUGCAAAACCAAAACCCGGUGUUUAUUUCCCUUUACCAGCUUGCAAAAUGCUAAUUCGAGGUCCGAUAAGGGGUGGGAAUGUAGGAAUUUGAAAGCUUCUUGCCAAUUCUUUGCUUCAGCGAAUGAGAAGCAGGGCAACGUUGGUUCUGGGUUACGGAAGGCGUUUUCCUUUGCCCAGUCCAUUUCACCUGGUGGUAGCUGGUGGAACUUAUCUGUAAAUAAGCAAGACGAGAUUGCAGCGGCGAAGCCAAUGACGGCACUGCUCGCUCUUCGCCGAAUGUGGAUUUUAAUUUCCAGCGAGAAAUGGAUUUUACUUUUGGCGUUUGGCUCCCUUGUCGUUGCUGCCGUGUCAGAGAUCUCCAUGCCAAGUAUAUUGGCUGCGUCAAUAUUUUCGGCACGGAGUGGCGAGACCGUGGGGUUCUACCGGAAGGCACAGUUCUUACUUGUUCUGUGUUUCACUUCAGGCAUAUGCAGUGGUUUGCGAAGCGGCUGCUUUGGAAUUUUAAAUGUAAUCCUGGUAAAGCGUCUCCGGGAAAAUCUGUAUGCAGCUCUUCUGUUUCAGGACAUAUCCUAUUUUGAUAGAGAGCAAGUUGGUGACUUGACAAGCAGGCUUUCAGCAGAUUGUCAACGACUAUCUUAUGUCAUAGGAAAUGAUCUACAUUUGAUAUUUCGCAACACUUUACAGGGAACAGGGGCAAUAAUUAAUUUGCUGAUUUUAUCAUGGCCUCUGGCAUUGUCUGCCUUGGUGAUUUGCUCUCUUUUGUCCUCAAUUUUCCUGGUUUAUGGCCAGUAUCAAAGAAAAGCAGCAAAGUGGACCCAAGAUUUCACAGCUAGUGCCAAUCAAGUAGCACAGGAAACCCUUUCACUGGUAAGAACAGUCCGAGCCUAUGGCACUGAAGUAGAAGAAAUUGGAAGGUACAAGCAAUGGCUUCAGAGAUUAGCAUUUAUAAACACACGAGAGAGUUUGGCUUAUGGUUUUUGGAGCCUGAGUUUUAACACUCUUUAUCGUUCAACUCAGGUACUUGCGGUGCUGUUAGGAGGAAUGUCCGUUCUCUGUUGUCGUGUAACUGCAGAGCAGCUUACUAAGUAUGUACUAUACUGUGAGUGGCUGAUUUUUGCUACUUGGAGGGUGACAAAUAGCUUGUCAUCAUUCCUGCAGUCAAUUGGAGCAUGUGAAAAAGUUUUCCAAAUGAUGGAUCUUUUGCCCAGUGACCAAUUUUUAUCCAAAGGAGUGAAGUUGCGGCGGUUAAGGGGACGUAUUAAUUUUGUAAAUGUAUCAUUUUGUUAUCCUACAAGGAUCACGGUGCCUAUUCUAGAACGCUUAAACUUCUGUGUAGAACCAAAUGAAAUGAUUGCAAUAGUUGGUCUUAGUGGUAGCGGAAAGAGCACAUUACUCAAUCUUUUACUUCGUUUAUAUGAGCCGAGUAAUGGUCAGAUUUACAUUGAUGGGUUCCCUCUCGGAGAAUUGGAUAUCAGGUGGCUGAGACAAAACAUUGGCUACAUAGCACAGGAACCGCAUCUCUUUCACAUGGACAUCAAGUCAAAUAUAAAAUACGGUUGCCCUAGGGACAUUAAACAGGAAGAUAUUGAACGAGCAGCAAAGCAGGCCUAUGCUCAUGACUUCAUUUCAUUGUUUCCCAACGGCUAUGAAACCAUUGUUGAUGAUAAUUCACUCAGCGGGGGACAAAAGCAACGAAUUGCCAUUGCUAGGGCCAUUCUUAGAGACCCUGUUAUUAUGAUACUGGAUGAAGCAACCAGUGCUCUAGAUUCUGAGAGUGAGCAUUAUAUCAAGGAGGUUUUAUAUCCAUUGAGAGGGGGAACUAAAGAAAGAACCACCAUUGUCAUAGCACAUAGGCUUUCUACCCUAAAAGCUGCUGACAGGAUCUUCGUAAUGGAUGAUGGUCGCAUCAUUGAGAUGGGUAACCACGAAGAACUUCUGCUUAAAGGUGGGCUCUACGCAAAAUUGUAUAAAGUUCAAACAGAUAUUUUGACCUAAUUCAAGUGGUUUGAGGAUUUAUAACAAUUUGAGGCGAGAGAGGGAAGGGUCGUGAUCACUAAACUAUGUAAUCAGAAGAGAGCUAAAGGCUGCAAUGCUGGUAAGAUCCGCGCUUCAUCUCAUGUUGGUUGACAUGAAUUUCAGUGAAGCAGAGCGUACUCGCUGUGGUAUUCCAUGACGAAAGCAAAUGAGGUCAAAAGCUUUUGAUUCAGUAAACCGAGACCAGAGCAAUUGCUAUUGAGCUUCCCGCAUUAGAAGCUAUGGAAUUUCGCAAGUCCUCUUUGUCUUCAGAGUAACUAGUGAAGUUGAUUCUAUUGGAAUGAAAGUGCAUGAAAGUGUGCUUUGAUUUGAUUGUCCAUUAGUUACAAAGUGCAGAUGAUAAUAUGUAUGAGCCCUUCACUUUCCCACUGCAACUACUAUAUUUCCUGAUGAAAGAUCGCAUAUAUUUGAUUUCAUUUGCCCUCGAUCAUAAUUGUAAAUAAAGGACAGGAAAUCGUUGUUUAUCGGCA